UUUUUCAGCCUCAUUUUCCUCAAAUUUGUAAAGGGUCCUAAUCCUCUCCCAGAAGGAUUCUUUUGGUGAGACUUUGGACAAAUCUCUCUUUCUCUGUUCCAUAAAAUUGUGAAUUUGCAUGAACCAGGCCUCAAGGGCCUUUCCCACAGUUUUAAUGCCUACAAUAGUUCCGCAUGACAGUAUUUAACAUCCAUUUUCAGAGAAAGAAUCUGAAGCUUUAAGAGGUGGUUAUUGACUCGCCCAAGGUCAUACAUCGAGGGGGCUGACAGUACUGAGAGAAGUCUGGAACCUAGAGCAUCCUCAGCACAGGCAGUGCCUGGGAGUGCCAUUACCCUGAGACCUAGAUGCCUGCAUCCAAGCCUAAGAAAAACGGUGCCCAGGAUCAGGGCGACCUCAGCCCCAGGGUCCGAGGUUUAAGCCCGGGCUGGUGCUGCCCUCGAGCGGCGGGACUGCGUAAGGGAAGGGGGGCGGGGGGCAGAGGGUUGCACAGCUGAAAACGGCAGGCACUGGGACCACGACGCCCGGGGAAUCGACCAACCCACCCAAGUUCAAGUACGACCUAGUUUAUCGUUUCUUACAGGACCGGUUCAAGGUCCUUUAGGGCCCACCGGCCUUAUUACAUAACUUUGAGACAAAGAUUUAAUCAUUAAUGGCGUGCCAGUACGGACAAAAUGCGGCACCUUCUGAAGGCCUCAGUAUCCCCAUCUGUCAAAUGGGCAUCUUAAACAGCUAGAGGCCCAAGGAGGCUAACGGGAGGAAAACGCUCCCUGCAUUACGUGCGGCGCCAAACAGCCUGAGUCACCGUUGCUGGUAGUAUUUUUCCACCUCCCGGGCGCCGCUCCCAGCCCACCCCGGUUUCGGAGGGUCCUACAGGAAGCGCCCCCGCGACGCCCGGCUCCACACGCUGACCACGCCCUCUGCGCGCGGCGCCUUGGCCCCGCCCACGAAGGAAUUCGCAGAUUCGCUAGGCCGGCUCCUCCUCAGAAUUAUUCGGGCCUCUCUAUACUCGGCUGAAAAUCCUCAUCGGACUCUGUAGCCAUUUCUCCCAGGUCAGAACUGAGCAGUCCUCUGAGUUGUGCUAGUAAGGAAGAUCCAGGAAAAGUGGCCCACUCUGCCAACAGGGCUUGGCUAACCACGGCAUUAUUUUCUUGACUCCACCAAGGCGGUUAAAGGGAGGCAACAGCUGAGGCCAGGACUUGUGGCGAAUCUGCAGCCUCCCAGACCUUUGGCCGCAUGAGGAAGCGGCAGGUUAGAAGAGCAAAGGAGCGCGCAUCCUGUCUACUGAUUCGCCCCGCCCGCCUGACGAAUCUGCGCCUGUUCAACGCGCCACUCAAAUCUCCCCAGCUCUGGCUGGCCUCCUCCCCUCCGCCCCGCCCCCUUAUCCUCAGGGAUUAGUCGCUGCUUUCGUCGCCGCCGAUUCGUCAAGGACCCCAGGCCAGAGCAGCUGGAUAGCCGUGGUGAAGCCCACUCUCCGGGGGAUGCGGCCAAUCUCCAGGCUCCCUGGGCCGCAACUCUUGAGCCUUACUGCGCGCUGGCCGAGGCGAAGCCGCUGUCCUCGGCCCCGUGGGUCUCCCGGCGGCGCCCGUGGCGAAAGUGCGAAUGUAGAAGCUGUGCCCGCUGGGCCUCGCGCAGGUGGCGGUGGUGUUUGGUGCGCGCGCCGGGGAGGUGGUGGUGGGGGGGCGCCGCCACCGCCACCGCUGCGGGGCCGGGUCUCGCGCUGUCGCCGCCGCCGCCACCGCCUCGCGCCGCUAAGGUGCCGCGCGGGGUGGGGGGAGGGGGAGCCGCUCGCCGCUCGCGGUGUAAAUGAGCAAAGAUGGAUCAGGAAGGUGGGGGAGAUGGGCAGAAGGCCCCGAGCUUCCAGUGGAGGAACUACAAGCUCAUCGUGGAUCCUGCCUUGGACCCUGCCCUGCGCAGGCCUUCUCAAAAGGUGUACCGAUACGAUGGAAUCCACUUCAGUGUCAACGACUCAAAGUAUAUACCAGUGGAAGACCUCCAAGACCCCCGUUGCCACGUCAGGUCCAAAAACAGAGACUUUUCCCUCCCAGUCCCUAAGUUUAAGCUGGAUGAAUUCUAUAUCGGACAGAUCCCACUGAAAGAAGUGACUUUCGCAAGACUGAAUGACAACGUGCGGGAGACCUUCCUGAAGGACAUGUGCCGAAAGUAUGGCGAGGUGGAAGAGGUAGAGAUCCUUCUUCACCCCCGUACUCGCAAGCACCUGGGCCUAGCCCGUGUGCUCUUCACCAGCACUCGGGGAGCCAAGGAAACAGUCAAAAACCUCCACCUUACCUCCGUCAUGGGCAACAUCAUCCAUGCCCAGCUUGACAUCAAAGGACAACAACGAAUGAAGUACUAUGAACUGAUAGUCAAUGGCUCCUACACCCCUCAGACAGUGCCCACUGGGGGCAAGGCCCUGAGUGAGAAGUUCCAAGGCUCUGGUGCAGCCACUGAGACGACUGAAUCCCGCCGCCGCUCCUCCUCCGACACAGCUGCCUUCCCAGCAGGCACUGCUGUGGUGGGCACUCCUGGCAAUGGCACCCCCUGCUCCCAGGACACGAGCUUCUCCAGCAGCCGACAAGACACCCCAUCUUCCUUCGGCCAGUUCACCCCUCAGUCCUCCCAAGGAACCCCCUACACGUCUCGGGGCAGCACCCCCUACUCUCAGGAUUCUGCCUACUCCAGCAGCACCACUUCAGCCUCCUUCAAGCCCCGGCGGUCAGAGAACAGCUACCAAGAUUCCUUCUCCCGCCGCCAUUUCUCUGCGUCUUCAGCCCCCACGACCACCUCUGCAGCUGUCUCCGCCACCACUGCAGCCACCGCCGCACCCUCCUCUUCUUCCUCCUCGUUGGCCUCGUCCUCUUCAUCGUCCUCUUCUUCCUCAUCCUCUCAUUUUCGUGGUUCUGACUCAAACUACCCAGCAUAUUAUGAAAGCUGGAAUCGCUACCAACGCCAUGCUUCCUACCCACCCCGCCGGGCAACCCGGGAGGAGCCCCCUGGGGCACCUUUUGCCGAAAAUACAGCUGAGCGCUUCCCACCUUCCUACACCUCCUACUUGCCCCCUGAGCCCAACCGGCCUGCUGACCAGGACUACCGGCCUCCUGCCUCAGAAGCUCCACCCCCAGAGCCUCCAGAACCUGGUGGAGGCGGGGGUGGUGGGGGGCCCAGCCCUGAGAGGGAAGAAGCUCGGACCUCCCCCCGCCCAGCCUCACCUGCCCGUUCCGGCUCUCCGGCCCCAGAGACCACCAAUGAGAGUGUGCCCUUCGCUCAGCACAGCAGCCUGGAUUCCCGCAUUGAGAUGUUGUUGAAGGAGCAGCGUUCCAAGUUUUCUUUCCUGGCUUCUGACACCGAGGAAGAGGAAGAGAACAGUACCACGGGCCCUGGGGCUAGGGACACAGGGAGCGAGGUUCCUUCUGGGUCAGGUCACGGGCCCUGCACACCCCCUCCAGCCCCGGCGAAUUUUGAGGAUGUGGCACCUACAGGGAGUGGGGAACCAGGAGCUACCCGGGAGUCACCCAAAGCCAACGGACAGAACCAGGCUUCUCCAUGCUCUUCUGGAGAGGACAUGGAAAUCUCCGACGAUGACAGGGGCGGCUCACCCCCUCCGGCCCCAACACCCCCCCAGCAACCUCCCCCCCCUCCCCCUCCUCCUCCCCCUCCCCCUCCGUACCUGGCUUCCCUUCCGCUUGCUUACCCUCCCCACCAGCCUGCCUAUCUCCUCCCACCCCGACCUGAUGGGCCACCGCCCCCCGAGUACCCCCCACCUCCUCCGCCACCCCCCCACAUCUAUGACUUUGUGAACUCCUUAGAGCUCAUGGAUCGACUUGGGGCUCAGUGGGGAGGGAUGCCCAUGUCCUUCCAGAUGCAGACCCAGAUGUUAACCCGGCUCCACCAACUGCGGCAGGGCAAAGGAUUGACCGCUGCCUCAGCUGGUCCCCCUGGUGGGGCUUUUGCGGAGGCCUUCCUCCCAUUCCCACCCCCCCAAGAGGCAGCCUAUGGCCUACCAUAUGCUCUGUACACGCAAGGGCAAGAAGGCCGAGGGGCAUACUCCCGGGAGGCCUACCAGCUGCCUUUGCCCAUGGCAGCCGAGCCCCUGCCCUCCUCCUCAGUCUCAGGAGAAGAGGCCAGGCUGCCUCCCAGGGAGGACGCAGAGCUGGCAGAGGGCAAGGCCCUGCCAUCGGCAGGCACCGUGGGCCGUGUGCUGGCCACCCUAGUCCAAGAGAUGAAGAGCAUCAUGCAGCGAGACCUCAACCGCAAGAUGGUGGAGAAUGUGGCCUUUGGAGCCUUUGACCAGUGGUGGGAGAGCAAGGAAGAGAAGGCCAAGCCAUUCCAGAAUGCAGCUAAACAGCAAGCCAAGGAGGAGGAUAAAGAGAAGACAAAGCUCAAAGAGCCAGGCCUGCUGUCGCUGGUAGACUGGGCCAAGAGUGGGGGCACCACCGGCAUCGAAGCCUUCGCCUUUGGGUCAGGACUGCGAGGAGCCCUGCGGCUGCCUUCUUUCAAGGUAAAGCGAAAAGAGCCUUCGGAAAUUUCAGAGGCCAGUGAGGAAAAGAGGCCCCGUCCUUCUACUCCAGCCGAGGAAGAUGAAGAUGACGCUGAGCGAGAGAAGGAGGUUGGAGAACCAGGACGUCCGGGGACCAAGCCCCCAAAACGAGAUGAAGAGCGAAGCAAGACCCAGGGCAAGCACCGCAAGUCCUUUGCUCUGGACAGCGAGGGGGAGGAGGCAUCCCAGGAGUCCUCGUCAGAGAAGGAUGAGGAGGACGAGGAGGAAGAUGAGGACGAUGAAGAGCGUGAGGAAGCCAUGGAUGCUGCGAAGGAGACAGAGGCAUCAGACGGCGAGGACGACGAAAGCGAUUCGUCCUCCAAAUGUUCUCUGUAUGCUGACUCAGAUGGUGAGAAUGAUAGCGCAUCGGACUCGGAGAGCAGCAGCUCAUCCAGCUCCGCAUCUUCUUCGUCUUCUUCAUCUUCUUCCUCAUCGUCCUCCUCAUCAUCUGAGUCCUCCUCUGAAGAAGAAGAGGAAGAGGAGCAGCCAGCAACCAUACCCUCAGCAUCAUCGCCCCCCAGAGAUGUCCCCGUGCCCCUGUCAGCACCUGCGGAGGAGCCUGAGCCAGAAAGGGUUGCAGACUCCCCAGUCACACCUCUCCCCGAACAGGAGAAGUCUCCAGCAAGACCUGCAGGUUCCACGGAGGAGCUGCCCCCCAGUGUGCCCCAGCCAACCCCAGAGCCACCGGCUGGGCCCCCAGCCCCCGCCCCCCGCCCCGAUGAGCGCCCCUCCUCUCCCAUCCCCCUCCUGCCCCCACCCAAGAAACGCCGGAAAACCGUCUCCUUCUCUGCGGUGGAGGAGGUACCGGCCCCAGAGCCUCCCCCCGCUGCCCCACCGCAGGUCAAGUCUCCCGGCCCCGCCUCCCGCAAAGUCCCCCGGGCCGUGGAGCGGACCAUUCGCAACCUGCCCCUGGACCACGCGUCUCUGGUCAAGAGUUGGCCCGAGGAGGUGUCCCGAGGAGGCCGGAGCCGGGCUGGAGGCCGAUGCCGCUCCACCGAGGAAGAGGAGGCGGAGCCAGGGGCAGAAGUGGACCUGGCCGUGCUGGCCGACCUGGCUCUGACCCCAGCCCGACGCGGGCUGCCCGCCCUGCCCACUGGCGACGACUCAGAGGCCACAGAGACAUUGGACGAGGCGGACCGCCCGGGCCCCCUGCUCAGCCACAUCCUCCUGGAGCACAACUACGCCCUGGCCAUCAAGCCGCCGCCCUCCACGCCGGCCCCUCGGCCUCUGGAGCCAGUUCCUGCCCCUGCGGCCCUCUUCAGCUCCCCGGCAGACGAGGUCCUGGAGGCCCCUGAGGUGGUGGUGGCUGAGGCAGAGGAGCCAAAGCAGCAGCAGCAGCGGCAGGAGGAUGGGGAGGAGGAGGAGGAGGAGGAGUCGGAGUCGUCGGAGAGCAGCAGCAGCAGCAGCAGCGACGGCGAGGGCGCCACCCGGCGGCGUAGCCUCCGCUCCCACACGCGGCGCCGGCGGCCGCCGCCUCCCCCCCCGCCCCCGCCGCCCCCCACCUUCGAGCCCCGCAGCGAGUUUGAGCAGAUGACCAUCCUGUAUGACAUUUGGAACUCGGGCCUGGACUUGGAGGACAUGGGCUUCCUGCGGCUCACAUACGAGCGGCUGCUGCAGCAGACUAGUGGGGCUGAUUGGCUUAACGACACCCACUGGGUCCAUCACACCAUCACCAACCUGAGCACUCCGAAACGCAAGCGGCGGCCCCAGGAUGGGCCCCGCGAGCACCAGACAGGCUCGGCCCGCAGCGAAGGCUACUACCCCAUCAGCAAGAAGGAGAAGGACAGGUACCUGGACGUGUGCCCCGUCUCGGCCCGGCAGCUGGAAGGAGCGGACACUCAGGGGACUAACCGUGUGCUUUCGGAGCGCCGUUCUGAGCAGCGGCGGCUCCUGAGCGCCAUCGGCACCUCCGCCAUCAUGGACAGCGACCUCCUGAAGUUAAACCAGCUCAAGUUUCGGAAGAAGAAGCUCCGAUUUGGCCGGAGCCGGAUCCAUGAGUGGGGGCUCUUUGCCAUGGAACCCAUCGCAGCUGACGAGAUGGUCAUCGAAUACGUGGGUCAGAACAUCCGCCAGAUGGUGGCCGACAUGCGGGAGAAGCGCUACGUGCAAGAGGGCAUUGGCAGCAGCUACCUGUUCCGGGUGGACCACGACACCAUCAUCGACGCCACCAAGUGUGGCAACCUGGCGAGGUUCAUCAACCACUGCUGCACGCCCAACUGCUAUGCCAAGGUGAUCACCAUCGAGUCCCAGAAGAAGAUCGUGAUCUACUCCAAGCAGCCCAUCGGCGUGGAUGAGGAGAUCACCUAUGACUACAAGUUCCCGCUGGAGGACAACAAGAUCCCGUGUCUAUGCGGCACCGAGAGCUGCCGCGGCUCCCUCAACUGAGGUGGGGCAGGACUGGUGCCCUCACCCCUAUUUAUUCCCCUUGGUGCCCUGAGCUCCCAGCCCACCCAGCCUUAGUGGGCUCAGCAGGGCCCACAUGCCCCAUCUCCAAAUGUGGGGUUGGGGGGCCCCGAGUCUCGCGAGGGAGCCUCAGUCCCUUGAGGCAACGUCCGCUUCCCUUCUUGCCCCUGCCCACCCACCCCGAUUUUUUUUCUUUGCGGAGAAGAAGCUGUAAAUGUUUUGUAGCUGCCAGCAGCUGUUUCCUGUGGAAACCUGGGGUGCCGGCCUGUACAGAUCCUGUUCUUCGAGGGGCUGCAUAGCCCCCUUGCUUUGUGUUAAUGGGGACUUCCCCUCUGUGCCCUGCGUGCACCCCUCCCCAGUUUAGGGGUCUCUAGGGGCAGUGGCCAUGUUCUCCCCCUGGGGGGGGGCCCUGCGCCCCCAGUCCUGGGGACUCUGUGCCUGGAACCCUGCCUCGUCUUCUGUUCCUGCCAGACCCUGUGGGUCACCCUCCCACCCUGGUGUCUGGAAGCUCCAGCUUUGCCAGGCCAGGAUGGUGGGGGGCAGGCCCUUCCUGUUGGGCUGGACUGUACAUAUGUUAAUAGCGCGAACCCAACGCCACAUUUUUAUAAUUGUGAUUAAACUUUAUUGUA